AUGGGACGACUCACUCAACUAGGAGCUCUUGCUUGCUUGUACCUGGGCGCGGAGUCCAAAGCACUGAGAUGGCAGGACGACACCCCGAGCUGGGUCCCGCCCAGGCAGACCAUUGCCGCGAUGAACAUGGAGGAGCUCGGCUUCAGUCCCAGCCCUACGGCGGCGCCCGACCCGGCCAAUGUCGAACUGAAGCUGGCUAAGCGCGUGAGAGGCGACGACACCUGCGGUUAUAUCUCUGGUAUCUCGACCGAUUCCAUCUACUGCGAUGUGGGAACUUGCGUCAUCAACAGCUUCCUUUCUGUGGCCGGGUGCUGCGCGUCUGCGGCGGUGACAGACUGCAAGAUCGCCAGCAGCUGCUUGCCGUCAUCGUCCUCGAGGCUCUACUCCAGCGGUGAUACGCUCAUGCUGUACUGCUCCUCUUCGGCGAGGCCCGAGUGCCUCACAUACGUCUACUCCGGCUCGCUCUUCAACCGCUACACCCUCUUUGGAUGCGCCGCCAGCGAAGAGAGAAUCGUCGUCUACGCCAAUCCCACAGAUACCUCCCUCACGGACGAAGGGACAACGUUGGACGCUGUAACUAGGACAGCUCCCUUUGCAACCGACACCACCGACACGGAGACCGAGGCCGGCACCUUGUCGCGGACAUCCCCGACAGCCACGUCGAGGGGUUCCAGCGGCAGCAGCAGCGGUGGCGGCGGCGGCGGCGGCGGCGGAUCGUCUACCCCAAUAGGUGCCAUUGUCGGCGGCGUGGUCGGAGGUGUGGCGGCCAUCGCCCUCGUCGUUUUCGGCAUCAUCUUCCUUCUCCGCAAGAAGAAGAAGAAGGACGCAGCCGCCGGCAACGCCGGCAACCAGCCGGGCCCCGUCGUCUAUAACGGCCCCCAACCGCCUCAGCAAGGACCACCGCAGAUGUAUCAGCAGCCGUCGCCGGGAGGCUACGGCCCUUCCCCUCCGCAGGCAGGAGUCUUCCCGCAGGGCUUCGCUCCCGUGGACAACAGGCAGAGCAUGCUUAAACAGCCGUACGACACCACGACGGGCUCGUACGAGCAGACCGGUGUCAGCCCGCCCUCGAGCCCGCCGCCUAUAAGUCCCUCGCCGACAGACCAGUCGGUGGCACCGCAGUACGCUCCGACCCAGAACGGCCUCAGCCCGGUGUAUUCGCCCCAGCAGCAGCAGCAGCAGCAGCAGCAAGGGGGCUACUACAACGCGCCUCCACCACCUACACAGGCACAGCAGGUGCCACCACAGCAGCAUUACCAGCAACCCGGGUUCUCGUCCGAGCUGCCUGCUCACAGAGGUGAUGGCGAGCUGCGGGAGCUGGCUUAG